CUCGCAGGCCGCCGCCCCCCGCUGGCCGACGCUGGCGGCGUAAGGCGCGCGGGGGCUCCGCGGAGCGGGCGCGGCGGAGCGGCGGAGCCCGGCCCUCUCCGCCGAACAUGCCGAGGCCGGCCCCGGCAGCGCGGGAGCCUGAUCGGGGGCCCGAGCCGGAGCGCGAACGUGCGCGGGGCCCGGAGCGGGGGACGCCGCGCUGCUGAGCUCGGCCGCCGCCGCCCGCGGGCCCCAGGCGGGGCGCAGCUGGGCACCACAACAUUUAAGGCGCUGGGACCUGUUGGUACAAUGUCUUCUCUCCCUGCAAGCGACCCUGAGGCCACCAAGAUGAGCACUGCAGCUGUGCCUGCGAGCGCGCCUGGGUGUCAAUAACCAGGAGCUGAGGGGCCACUGGGCGCAAUGGUGUACUAGGCUGGGCGUGAGCUCAGAUUUCACACUCGGAUCUCACGGCAGAGUCACCGUGGAGAGGCCAGGGUACCACAAACUUAUGGAUUUUGACAAGAAAGGAGGGAAGGGGGAGUUGGAGGAGGGCCGGAGAAUGUCCAAGACUGGCACAAGCCGGAGCAACCAUGGCGUCCGUGGCUCGGGGACCAGCUCAGGGGUCCUGAUGGUGGGCCCCAACUUCCGAGUCGGCAAGAAGAUAGGCUGUGGGAACUUCGGAGAGCUUCGCCUAGGAAAGAACCUGUAUACAAAUGAGUACGUGGCUAUCAAGCUGGAGCCCAUCAAGUCCCGUGCCCCGCAGCUGCAUCUGGAGUACCGCUUCUAUAAGCAGCUUAGCACGGCAGAGGGUGUCCCUCAGGUCUACUACUUUGGCCCCUGCGGGAAGUAUAAUGCCAUGGUGCUGGAGCUGCUGGGGCCCAGCCUGGAGGACCUGUUCGACUUGUGCGACCGCACCUUCACACUGAAGACAGUGCUGAUGAUCGCCAUCCAGCUGAUCACGCGCAUGGAGUAUGUGCAUACAAAGAGUCUCAUCUACCGCGAUGUGAAGCCGGAGAACUUCCUGGUUGGGCGGCCGGGCAGCAAACGGCAGCAUGCCAUCCACAUCAUCGACUUCGGGCUAGCCAAGGAGUAUAUCGACCCUGAGACCAAGAAGCACAUCCCAUACCGCGAGCACAAGAGCCUGACGGGCACAGCACGCUACAUGAGCAUCAACACACACCUGGGCAAGGAGCAGAGCCGUAGGGACGACCUGGAGGCGCUGGGACACAUGUUCAUGUACUUCCUGCGUGGCAGCCUGCCUUGGCAGGGGCUCAAGGCCGACACACUGAAGGAGCGCUACCAGAAGAUCGGUGACACCAAGCGCGCCACACCCAUUGAGGCAUUGUGUGAGAGCUUCCCGGAGGAGAUGGCCACCUAUUUGCGCUACGUACGACGCCUGGACUUCUUUGAGAAGCCAGACUACGACUACCUGAGGAAGCUCUUCACCGACCUCUUCGACCGCAGCGGCUAUGUGUUCGACUACGAGUACGACUGGGCCGGGAAGCCUCUGCCGACACCAAUCGGCACCGUCCACACUGACGUGCCCUCCCAGCCACCACAUCGUGACAAAGCCCAGGCCCACAGCAAGAACCAGGCACUGAACUCCACUAAUGGAGAGCUGAAUGCAGAUGACCCCACCGCGGGCCACUCGAACGCCCCCAUUGCAGCCCCUGCAGAAGUAGAGGUGGCGGAUGAAACCAAGUGCUGCUGCUUCUUCAAGAGGAGAAAGAGAAAAUCUCUGCAGCGACACAAGUGAGGGUGGGUGCAGCUGCUACCCAAAGUCCCCGGGCAGGUGUCCAGGAGGCUGGCAGUGUCCUCACUGGCAUGGGGCUCCUUGGCCCAACUUCAGGCACCAUCUUCAGGGACUUGGGGUCACUUCCUUCACACAGGACUUUGGAGGAAAUCUCUACGCCCAUGUCUCGUCCCCUUCGAGAGCAUUAACUAUUUAAAACCAGGAGAGAAGCGUUGCACCGUCCCUGCUGCGCCCCCGUUAGCUCAUAAAGUCCAGCUUGUCCCCUCGAUCCAAAGGCCAUUUUCUCGAGGGGGGCAGGCCCGGGGCAUGGGUGUCAGUCACAUGGGGAGGCCACCAGGCCUUGGCCACCAAAGGGGAGGCGUGUGCGAUACCACAAUGCUGCACCAAAGCCAGGGCAGAGCGUGGGACGGUCAACACGCAGGGACUGGUCUGGGACCCAAGGAGCCAGGGCAGCCGUGACCCAUGCAUGUCCCUGCGUGCUAGGCCCCUGGGACAGAAUCACCUUAACGCCCCAACCUAGGGCGGUGGAAAGGCGGUCCCCAUGGGAGGGCCAGACUGUGGUCGCGGGAGCUGAGUUCUUGCUUUACGACAUGUACAGAAAUGAACUUAUGUUUCUCCGGCGCUUCCUUGAAGCCAUAGAGUUUAGAGGCUUUUUUUAAAAAAAUAAAAAUAAAAGAAAAUGAAACCAUCCCCAA